UAGUGACGAAGUUGACUCGGAGAACGCUGGACAUGGUGCGAACGCAGCUUCGACGAGUGGCGGCCUCGGCGCGUCGCUGGAGUAAGCUCCCAUCAGCAUCGGCCACCACGAGUAGGUUGUUUGCUGCACCAUCUACAAGCAACUCCCCCGUGCUGCCAUGCAGCUUUCAUCUGCCACUCGCAGCAGGACGGUGCUUUUCGACGUCGUCCAGCAGCAUCUUCGACCUGGCGCAGGCGCUUAAAGCUAAAGAAACGUCCACUAGCGACCGUGUAGCUGCUAUCAAUUCUCUGCAGCUAAGCGAUUCGUUGGACAAGACAGUCAGGGAGCGCCAUGCACUUAAUAUCGUGGAUAGCGACGCAUUGGAGACGCUAUUGAGCCUUUUACAGGACAGCGACACCAUCAUCUGGUCCGAUCUGCUGGUGCCCGCCUUCCUGGCACUCAUCCGCUUGUCGACGGACACGCUACUUGCCCAGGAGCUCCUGAGACUGGGCACACCGAAGAUCCUGACCCCGUUUUUGACGCAGACGGAUCCACGACUGCAGGCAGCUGCAAGCCUCACGUUGGGCAAUUUGGCACUGGAUCCGACUGCUGCUGGCGCUGUUUCUUCUCCUGACGUUGUGAGUGCAGCUUUGAGCAUGCUGACGAGCUCGCAUGAAGCUAUUAAGCGAGCCUCCUGCACUUGUGUGGCUAAUAUCGCUAGUAGUGCCCAAGGCCGCCGCCAGAUCAUUGACCAGGACGGCGUGCUGCGCAUAGGCGAGUUGCUUGAAGACGAGUAUAGCGACUCGCUACGCAGUGUUGCUGCUUUUGCGUUAGGAAACAUCCUCUCUGGACGAGAUAUUGAUGCACAGGACCUGGUACGUGAGAGUGGUGCGCUACCGGCUCUUGUGCUGCUGCUGUCGCCUGUUUUCACCGAAGACGUCAACAGCAGCGCUGCGUGGGCUGUACAUCACAGUGUGCACCUUAAUGCAGCGAGUCAGUCACUCGUGGUUGAGGCUGGAGGGCUGGCGAUGCUGGUACAGCAUCUUGCCAGUGGGGCGUUGGAGUUGUUGCAGACCAACGCAUUGCUCGCACUGGAGAGCGCUGUGAUUUCAAACGCCGAGAACUUGGACUGGUGCCGUGACAACAGCGCUCUUGAGGCCCUUCAACGUGUCCAGGAGACGGACGGCGAAGCCCUCAAUACCAACGCUAAGCAGGCCCUGGCCUCUCUGCUAGAACAACUGAAGUAA